UUGGUGUGGCAGUAGGGUCGGAGUCGGGUGGAGCUAGUCAGGUGAGACGCUCCCAGGCUUCGUUUCACAGGCGAACCCGGAGGAGGUUGGAUCGUGGUGGCAAGGAUCUAGCCUGGUGAGAGAGCAAGGAGUGUCCGAACCGAGGCUCAGUCCUUCCCCUUGUCCACAGGAUGAUCACGGACGUGCAGCUCGCCAUCUUCGCCAACAUGCUGGGCGUGUCGCUUUUCUUGCUUGUGGUCCUCUAUCACUACGUGGCAGUAAAUAACCCCAAGAAGCAGGAAUGAAAGUGGCGUUUUCUCCGCCCCAGGCUUCCAGGACAUAGUCUGAGGCAAGAUGGAGGGUGUGAGGGGCCUUCACACUUCACUUCAUCUCUCCUACCCAUCACAGCAUACAAAGCAACUACACCUGGAUUUUUCCAAACAACUUUUAUUUCCUCAAAGUCUUCCUUAACCCUAUGGAACAAGAAGCUGCCACUGAAUAGGGCCCAGUAUAGGGGCUGCUUUCUUUUCUACUCCCUCCCCCCAAUACAAAAAUAUAGAUAUAUAUAUAUUU